AUGUCUCAACAAUCGGAUUCCUCCUCUCCCAAAAAGUUGUCCUCCAUCUCUGAUCUUGAUUCCGUCUCAAUGGCUGAACUUGUCAACCCUAACCAGGUUCUUGAUGUUUCUCCAUUGCGAAUGGUAACUAUUGAAGAUCUGAAUGUGAAGAAGCCUCGUACUCCACAUGCAAGAAGACCCAAAGAAACUGUUCUGGGUACCAAUGUUGUGAAUCUUGAUGAUUACUCAGAUAAUGAUCUGGUAGCUUCUAUCAACCCUAGCAUAGCCAAAAGGCUCAUGACUAGAAAAAAAGAAGGAAGGCUGCUGUCUAAAGCCCUCCCAAGAGGAAAGUUGUUCCUAAAAAAGAAGCCUACUUCUAUCAAGCUUGCUGCUAGAUUUCCUGAUGUGCCUAUAGACAACAUUUCCUUCCAUUAUGCUUCAAGUGUCAACAGGUGGAAAUAUGUCUACCAAAAAAGGUUGGCCCUUGAAAGAGAGUUAGCUCAGAAUUCUCUUGAAUGCAAAGACAUAAUGGAGCUGAUUCAUGAUGCUGGGUUGAUGAAGACUGUUGCUCGUUUUUCAAAAUGUUAUGAAAUAUUGGUGAAAGAGUUUAUUGUGAACUUGUCAGAAGAGUGUGCUGAUGGAAAGUCCAAAGAGUUUAGGAAGGUCAAGAGCUGGCCCCUAAAGGGGAAGCUGUCUGCAAGUAAGCUUAGCAUGAAGUAUGCCAUGUUGCAUAAGAUUGGUGCUGCAAAUUGGGUGCCUACCAAUCACAAGUCCACUAUUGCUACUAUUCUAGGAAGAUUCAUUUAUGUUGUUGGAACAAAAUCCAAGUUUAAUUAUGGUUCCUAUAUAUUUGAGAAAACUAUGAAGCAUGCUGGAAGUUUCAGUGUAAAAGGCCCCAAAGCUUUCCCAUCACUCAUAUGUGGCAUUACCUUGAACCAUUACCCAGGAAUUUUGGUUGAAAAUGACUCUGUCUGCAAAAGGGAAAGUGAUUUUUCCUUUCCAUAUAAACUGUUUCAAGGAACCCAUGUUCCUGACAUUGUCAUGACAUCAGCUGGAACAUCCAAAGAACGGACUCCUGCAGGUAAGGCUGCUGUGAUUGCUAUGCUCAAGGAGACCUGCAAGGAACUGGAGACCAGAAAGCUGACCCUUGAAAAUUUGUCAGCUUUCUUGAAAUGGAUGAAGGUGAUGAGUUUACUAGACCUGAGAAAGGAGCAGGGAUUUGAUCGUGAAGAAUUCUCUGUGCUGCGACUUUGUGCUUUAGGUUUAUUUGUUCUUAGUGUUUCGUGUGAGCCAAGCAAUUGUCACUUUGAUAAUUGUAUUGGAGUAGGGUGUAUUGAGUUGUUACUUGUUGUGUCACUCAAAGCUUUUAAGUAA